GGAGCUUCGAAUAAUCAUCCAAUAUCCAUCUCUCCAAAAAAAGUCACCAAGUUGAUUUCAAACCAAUCGACCGAACAUUGUAUCUCACGCAAGUCUUUGCAGAGCGACAACACAUCUGAGCAGCCGACGAGACCUGAGCACUGUUCAGUAGUCAAUCACCACCUCGAACGAUCCCGAAACGGUGCGAUCGUCCAUGCACGUCCGCAUAGCAUUGCAGGCCGCCCGGAGAGCAUCGACGAGUAUCCGCGCCGCAACAACAGCAUCACUACCCAGGGCUCGCUGCACCAACACCAUAAGCCGUCUUUCACGACGAUCAAUAUCCACAACUCUACCUCGCCAGUCCACACCCAUGGCCGCCCAGACAGAUACCGCCGCAGCGGAGACCGCAGCGUCGUCGGGAGUCACGCCCGAAACGCUCAGCGAGAAGUUGAAGCAGACCAUCGGCGCAACCUACGUGUCGAUAGAAGACAUGUCUGGAGGUUGUGGUCAGGCCUUCAACGCCAUCAUCGUAUCGCCCGAAUUUGAGAAAAAGACACUUCUUGCCCGACAUCGACUAGUGAACAACGCACUCAAGUCAGAGAUUGCCGCUAUACAUGCUUGGACUCCCAAGUGUCUGACGCCGGAGCAGUGGGAGAAAGAGAAAGAGAAGUUCGGAGGCUGAGUACAAAUGAACUCAUAAGCGCGAAAGUUGCAAAGGAUGAGUUCAUUCCCGAGCGAAAUAGAUGUUCUAGUUACGGGCAGCCGACGACAUCCAUCUUGUCGGGUUCUGCUGUAUGAUAUGAAUGAGGAAUAGCAGGAGCGAGCAAACAAUAUAAGGUCAUGAAAUGAAGGCAGUGCUCUGAUCGAAGGCAACAACGCGUUUCUAGGCACGUAUGGAAAAGAUGUCCGACACGAUACAUGCUACAGCCUCUCUUGACAUACCACAAUAUUACA